UGGCGUUACUCUGGGUAUGCUGAGGUAAUGAUCUAGACGCUUUCAGGAGGAGGAAUUGGCGCUAUGCGUUCAAUGUAGACAGUGGGAUCUGUUAGGGUUCAUGCCAAUCCGUGAGAGGGGUUUAUUUGUUGUGCGUUUCCCGCCACUUGAACGUAUCCAAACAUACCGAAUAAGCUUGCAUUCCUAUGCGGUGAGUGGCGAAAAUCCAGGGUCAUCCUGUGAUGUCAGAGGUUGCCAUAGUAAGCCACAUAGAUACAAGACAUGUAGCUUGGAUGGAAAAACAUUGGUGGGGUUACGUUGACUGUAGUAGUCCCAGAGUAGGCUAGGGAGUAAAUUAUAUAGUGAGUGGUAGAGACUAUAUGCAGGCACUUACCCCAACAGUUUAA